AUGCAGAAAAGCUCCCCUUUACUCCUGCAUGCCAACUACAAAAUCCUGGCUGGAACACUUCCCCAAGAAAAGAAACUGCUGACAGUGGGAAUUUCCUCCGUGCAGCACCCUCAGGAAAGCUACCUCUUGGGCACCCUGCAGUCCCUGUUCCAGGCAUCCUCAGGACCUGAGCUGAAUUAUGUCCUGGUGCUGGUCCACCUGCUAAAUCCUGACCCUGAGUGGCUCGGCCAAACUGUUGCCAAUAUUUCAGGCCUCUUUCAACCACAUAUUGAGGCCCAGAAGCUGCUCGUGAUCCAUGGUCUCUUCAAUGGCUCUUCUCUCCCAGGAGAAGUGAAUAAUGUCAAUCACUCUUCAUCCUGGAAAGCACAUUAUUCCAGGCAGAAAACAGAUUAUGCCCUCCUCAUGAAUUUUGCUAGAAACCUCUCUGAUUACUUUCUGAUGAUAGGAGAUAAUGUUUGCUGCACCCCCAAAUUUGUUUCUACAAUCUAUUGGACAUUAAAAGCCUGGAAAGAAAUACCUUGGAUGAUUCUGGAGUUCUCCAGCUUGAGCUUCUCCGGGAAAGUUUUCCACACAAGCGACCUCUCCCGCCUGACCUCAUUCUUCCUCCUCUUCCAGAGCACUCCUACUGACUUGCUUUUCUCAAAUUUUAGUUUCCUCUUGGGCCAGAGAGCUGCGUUUAGCCUCGCUCCCUACCUUUUCCACUCUCAGGAAAAUGUUUUUACUCCUGACAACACAUGUCACCAAGAGGAAGAGGAUGAACCUGAAAACCCUCCUGCCCAAAUCUACACUGACAUGAUGGUGAGAGGCUUUCAUCCCCCAGAGCAUGCCUAUUUUCUGAAUGAAAAUUAUUUUCAGACCUAUUUUCUCGCCCCAGGCAAUGUAUACACUGUGAUUUUUGAUCAGCCAUGCAAGGUGAGCCGGGUACAGGUACUGACAGGCAUUGGAAAGCGGGGGAUGUAUCGACUGGAACACGGGCAGGUGGAACUGGGCUAUGAGCCUAUUCAAGGGAAAAAAGGCUGCACCCAGUAUACCCUGCUGGGACCACUGGUGAAAGGGAAAUUAGAUCAGAAGUUGCAUUAUGAAGAAGAUUUUGUGGAAGAAGUGAGAUGUGUACAGCUCCUGGUGACAGCCUUCCAGGAGUCUAAGCUAUUGAUUACACAGAUCAAAAUCUGGAUUAAAUCUGAGGAAGAGUAG